AUGGUUUCUAGCCGUGAGCACAAGGUUGCUGCUGGUGAGGACAAGUUUCCUGCCAGUGAGAACAAGGAUCCUGGCGGUGAGGACAAGGUUCCUGGCGAUGAGGACAAGGUUCCUGGCGGUGAGGACAAGGUUUCUGACGGGGAGGACAAUGUUUCUGGCGGUGAGGAAAAGGUUACUGGCGGUGAGGACAAGGACCGUGGCUGUGAGAACAAGGUUCCUGGCG